GAGAGGUGUCUGUAUGAUUGAUGAGUCCAGUUUUGUUUUGUAAUUUUAGACCAUAUACGAUGAACUCGUAUGGUGAGCCAAGGUUCAAUUUAUAGAAAGGAAAAGAAAAGUGGACAUAAUAGCGUAACGUUUAGUUCCUUCGUCCUUUUUCUUUUCUGUACAUUUAUGAUGAGGACGGCUGUAGGAUUUUGAUCCAGGAAACAUUCCAUCCAAAAAAUAGUGCGAGGGCUUGUAGUGAUGGUUUGCUGAUGCAACUAUAUGAUACUAUCGACCAACUAUUCUGUAUUGAUAAAGUAUGUUUCUAUAUGCCUGGCUACUUGUAUGUUUGCCAUUGUGCAUGUGUUCCUCUUCAUGUGUGUGUGUGUACGUGUGUGUGUGUGGGUAUGUGUGUGUUUGUUGGUUGUGCGGACGUUCAGGUCAUUCCGUUGAGGACCGGGAAUACAAGGCCAGGCUUCUGAGCAAACCUUGACAAUGGACGGUCAACAGCAUAUUGACUAUUGAUACCACUUGAAGGGAAUUAACGUCAGCCGCGUGUAGAAUGGAGAGUGCUGUAUUCGACGUGUGGCCAGGCCAUUUACUGCCCUUAUUGUCCUUGCGGGACAUCAUCCAGCUGUGUGGAACCUCCAAGCAUUUGCGUGCACUGCUAUUCGAUGAAUACAUGUUUAGCAUUCUAUGUCGGCAACGCUAUCAACUCAGGCCUCGUUUGGACGUGUCAUAUAUAGACGCUGCCAUAAACCUGGAAAUUGUCACCGGUGUGGCCAGCGUGCAUCAUAGCCACUGCAUCGAUACCAUGCGUUGCAUUUACGGCAGCAAUGUGGAUGUUGCUUUGGUCGGCAGAGAAAAGAAGCAGUCGAUUAUCACAUUGUCGUGCCUAGAGUUGAUGCUGCCAGCACAGCUGAGUGAUACCACUAGCUGGGACAGCGCUGGCCUGUUCAGGUCACUCGCCGAAAGCCAUUUACUACAUGCUGUAGAAGAUCGUGAAUUCCUACCAAACCUUUUGCUGAAGGAUGUCGACCGAAAACUUGAGGAGAUGGAAGAAGAAGCAUUGGAUGACUUCAACUUUGAACCAUUGCAGUACCUGUUUAGAGAUGUCACAGAUUUGUUCAUGAGAGACGGAUCGGAGGAAACGUGUCAAGAAGUGAUUAUCAACUCGAUGGAAGCACUUAUUGCGAGGCUGAACAAAUACAUGCCUUACGUUAACCGCUCGCGGAGGCUUGUGGAAAUUGCGCAUUCGUUGCAUGAUUUAGCCCAGACAGACGCAACUUUGUUAUCAGCUCUGGGACUUGAAGAUCUCAACGCAAUUCCUCUUCCGGAUGACGAUGAUGAUGAUGAUGAUGAUGAGUGGACGGACUCGUAUAACCCUUACUACCAUUGUGAUAUCAACUAUUGCGACAAUUACAAUCUGGGCGAAGAAAUGGAUAAGUCCCGAUCAUUGAUCGACAUGGCCGCCAAGCUCUCAGAAAAGCACUCAGUUCUGAGGCUGCUGAUAAUGGGUAGGCUAAAGACAUUGAAUCCCGAGAAUUACUUCAUGGCUCUCAACGAAUAUGAACAAUUCUGGAAUAGUUUGUCUGAGUCGAGUCGCCCCAGUCGUAAAGUACUAUGCAGCGGCUUGGGAAGCCAUCUACUUUCGUCAAUAUCAGGAUUGCCUGAUCAGAAGCUGUGGACGAAACUGGAGCUAGUAGACGCCAUGAAGAACUAUGGAAAAGAACUAGUUUUCCUUGCGCAAGAAGAACUACCGCUUUCUGAGAAGCAAAGAAGACCAGAAUGUGGGCAAGAUGACGAAAAGAAAGAAGACGAAGAACGCCCAUGAGAAUGAUCACACCGACACACACGCGCACGCAGACACACCAACUCACGUAUAAACAUGGACGUACAUUUGACACCCCGCACUACCUUGUAUAUUGCAAUGUUAUGCAUCUUUAACUUCGUGAUUGUAUACCUCCUUAUUUUGAUAGUCCACUUCACCCGUCCUUGUUAACAGUGUUAGUCACAGUUUGUUCUUACCUUUCCAAGUAUUCAAUGAUGAUGAUUGACUGUUAUAUUUUUCGCCGACCGAGCGGGGCAAAUGAGGCGAGAAAUGAUUUUGAUACGAUGACCUUGUUGCGGCAUUCACGGAUGCCGGUACCAUGCCGUCACCGGUCUGCUGUGCGGCUUCUUCAGCCCUGCAGAUCUUGGCCGCGGUUUCCAGGGUGAGGGACGGAGCUGCCAGGAGCUUAUGGCGCGUGUCGUCGUUGGCUAUGCCAACUACGAUGCGGUCUCGCAUCAUGUCGUCCGUCACCUUGCGGAGGCUCUGGGGACAAGUACUGCAUAGCUGAGGUGUACAUGUGCUGCACAGCUCCAUAUCAGGGAAAUCGCACUGUGCAAACAGCUCCCUCAUUGCAGUAAAGAAG